GCCGCCUUUUUCUGAUUCCAGACGCUUCUUCUAUUGUUCCCCAUUUCACAAUCUCUCACUUUAAUCCUUUUUCCGAUUUAGGUUUGCAAUUUGUACCCAAUUUUAUUUUAUUCUUCUAAUUCUCAGCUCUCGAUUUCUUGUUCUGAAACCCUAAUUUGUGUUCUGGUUCUCCUUUUAUUUCGCCAGAUAGAAAAAACAUAGGAUUAGAAAAAUAUAAAAUAGGGAUUAUCGAUAACUACGUGAAAAUUUCAAAACUUUUAGCUUAAACGUUUAAGGGUCCCUUUUUUUUUGGUAAUAUUUGAAUCGUUUACAGUUUGAAGUUGAGAAACAAACAUGGCCGGGGGUGCGAAUUUCAUGAACAGGGUUAUCUCGUACGUGGUGAAUGAGGUGGUUGUCAAUGGUCUUGCCAACAGCCCUGCAUUUCAGAGGUUUGCAGUGAGGACAUCAAAAAGAAUUGAAGAUAUUUCAAGCAAAGCUGUUCAGAAGAAGCAGGAGCUAGCUGAGCAGAUAAAGGACAUCUCCAAAAAUAUGGAGUCUUUCAAAAACCAGUAAUUUGGGUAUUCUUUUUCUACAUUGCUGAAGAUAUGAAGUCCAAACUCUCUUUGCCCAAGAUGUUUCAGGAGACAAGCCCGGAUGUAUGUAAAUUUCUUUUGUAAUAAUUUAUUUUGGUUCUUAUCUGGUAAUCUCAAAGUUGGGAUGGUAGUGGCUUCUUAGAUUUUGUUUGGUGAACUGAUAACAGGACUAGGAUAUUAGUCAUAUUUAUGACACUGAUACCAUGUCACAAAAUAUCAGUCUGCUUUUUAUUUGAAACCGUUGAAGACUGAUUAUUACAAAAUAAUACAAUUGUUAUAUUCACUUUACCCGUCUAGUG